AUGGCUGGAAGGAAUGACGCUGCAAUGGCUGCCGCAAUGCAAGCGAUGGCACAAGCUGUGCAGAACUUGCCAAAUGCUGGUGGAGAUGCUGGAUCACGUAGCUUGGCGACUUUUCAAAGAGAGAAUCCGCCGGUGUUUAAAGGGAAGCAUGAUCCAGAUGCAGCCUUGGGAUGGUUGAAAGAGAUCGAGAGAAUCUUCCGUGUUAUGGAUUGCACUCCAGCUCAGAAGGUUCGGUAUGGUACUCACAUGCUAGCAGUCGAAGCUGAUGACUGGUGGCUAGAGACUCACGAGAGGUUGACCGUGGCAGGUGAAGUCAUUACUUGGGAUGUAUUCCGUAGGGAAUUCAUGAGAAAGUAUUAUCCGGAAGAUGUCCGUGGUAAGAAAGAAAUUGAGUUCCUUGAGCUGAAGCAAGGAAACAUGUCUGUCACUGAUUAUGCUGCAAAAUUUGUGGAGUUGUCCAAAUUUUAUCCUCAUUACACUGGUGCUGGUGCUGAAUUUUCAAAGUGCAUCAAGAUAUCUGAAGAAGACAAUAAUGCUCAUUACAAGAUUGUCAGUGACCGCAGGGGCAAGCAACAUCAAAACCGUGGCAAGCCGUAUGAUGCUCCAGUGAGAAAAGGGAAACAAGGAGCUGCUCCGGCUCAGAGGACUAGUAGGGGAGGUGCUCCUGCUGGUAUAGUUUGCUUCAAAUGUGGUCAGGCUGGUCAUAAGAGUAAUGUAUGCACUGCUGAAGUAAAGAGGUGUUUUCGCUGUGGUAAGACUGGCCAUGCAAUAGCUAAUUGCAAGCACAAGGAAAUGAUUUGUUUUAAUUGUGGCGAAGAAGGGCAUAUUGGAAGUCAGUGUCAGAAGCCAAAGAAAUCUCAAACUGGAAAGGUGUUCGCAUUGACCGGAACUCAAACCUCCAGUGAGGACAGACUUAUCCGAGGUACAUGUUUCAUAAAUGGUACUCCUUUAAUUACUAUUAUUGAUACCGGUGCUACACACUGUUUUAUUUCUGCUAACUGUGCUCGAAGACUGGGUUUAAAAUUGUCCGCUUUGGAUGGUGAAUUGAUUGUUGAGACCCCAGCUAAGGGAUCAAUAACUACUUCUUUGGUAUGUUUAAAAUGUCCUUUGUCGAUCUUCGAUAAAGAUUUCUAUGUUGAUUUAGUAUGUUUGCCGUUGGAUGGGAUGGAUGUAAUUCUUGGUAUGAACUGGUUAGAGUAUAAUUAUGUUCAUAUAAAUUGUCAUCAUAAGUCGGUGAGGUUUUCCACUCCUGAAGAGGAAGGAGUUGACUUAUUACCUUUCAGAGAAUUGCGAAAAUUGAUGAAAGAGGGAGCUCAGAUGUUUUCUUUGAUGGCGACGUUGUCGGUUGAGAGUAAAGCUAAGAUUGAGGAACUGUUAGUGGUGAAAGAAUUCCCUGAAGUUUUUCCUGAUGAAAUUCCUAGUGUGCCGCCAGAGAGGGAAGUUAAAUUUACUAUUGAUCUGGUACCUGGUACUAGGCCUGUUUCGAUGGCACCGUAUAGAAUGUCGGCAUCUGAAUUGUAUGAAUUAAAGAAGCAAUUGGAAGACUUACUUGAGAAGAAGUUUAUAAGACCAAGGAGGUGCGCUCAUGCAAAAUAA